CGCGACUAUAUUAACCGCUCCUCUCCCCAAUUUCCUCCCUCCUCAGCUCAGGCGAGCAGCGGAGCUGAGCAGAGUCCCGAAAUCCCGACCAGCAUUUGCUCUUAAACCCCCGCGCCGCGCGGAGUCAAUCGCUUCACGGGCGUCGAGGACGAUGGGGUCCGUGCCGGAAGACGCGGCGGCGGCGGUUUUCCGCUCCAAGCUCCCCGCCAUCGAGAUCCCGCGCCACCUCUCCCUGCAGGCCUACUGCUUCGAGCGGCUGCCCGAGGUGGCCACCCGCCCCUGCAUCAUCGACGGGCAGACAGGGGCCGUCCACACCUACGCCGAGGUGGAGCGGCUGUCGCGGAAGGCCGCGGCGGCGCUGCGGGGCCUCGGGGUGGGGAAGGGCGACGUGGUGAUGAACCUGCUCCGCAACUGCCCCGAGUUCGCCUUCGUCUUCCUCGGCGCCGCGCGGCUGGGCGCGGCCACCACCACGGCGAACCCGUUCUACACGCCGCACGAGAUCCACCGCCAGGCGGCCGCAGCGGGCGCGCGGGUGAUCGUCACCGAGGCGUGCGCCGUCGAGAAGGUGCGCGGGUUCUCAGCCGAGCGCGGCGUCCCCGUGGUCGCCGUCGACGGGGCCUUCGAGGGAUGCCUCGAGCUCCGGGACCUGAUGGAGGGGGCCGAGCCGCUCGCCGCUGACGAGGAGAUCGAUCCCGACGACGUCGUCGCGCUGCCGUACUCCUCCGGCACCACCGGGAUGCCCAAGGGCGUAAUGCUCACGCACCGCAGCCUCGUCACCAGCGUCGCUCAGCAGGUGGACGGGGAGAACCCGAACCUGUACUUCAGCAAGGAGGACGUGCUGCUGUGCGUGCUGCCGCUGUUCCACAUCUACUCGCUCAACUCCGUGCUGCUCGCCGGCCUGCGCGCCGGGUCGGCCAUCGUGAUCAUGCGCAAGUUCGACAUCGGCGCGCUGGUGGACCUGGUCUGCGCGCACGGCGUCACCGUCGCGCCCUUCGUGCCGCCCAUCGUCGUGGAGAUCGCCAAGAGCCCCCGCGUGGCCGCCGCCGACCUCGCGUCCAUCCGCAUGGUCAUGUCAGGCGCCGCGCCCAUGGGGAAGGACCUCCAGGACGCGUUCAUGGCCAAGAUCCCCAACGCCGUGCUCGGCCAGGGUUAUGGGAUGACCGAGGCUGGACCCGUGCUGGCCAUGUGCCUGGCCUUCGCCAAGGAGCCGUUCGAGGUCAAGUCAGGGUCCUGCGGCACCGUGGUCAGGAACGCGGAGCUGAAGAUCGUCGACCCCGACACCGGCGCGUCACUGGCCCGGAACCAGCCGGGGGAGAUUUGCAUCCGCGGGGAGCAAAUCAUGAAAGGUUAUCUGAAUGAUCCAGAGGCGACAAAGAACACCAUCGAUAAGGACGGAUGGCUGCACACUGGGGACAUUGGUUAUGUUGACGAUGACGAUGAGAUCUUCAUUGUCGACAGGCUCAAGGAGAUAAUCAAAUACAAGGGUUUCCAAGUACCUCCUGCAGAACUUGAGGCCCUUCUCAUCACACAUCCGGAAAUUAAGGAUGCUGCUGUUGUCUCGAUGAAAGAUGAACUUGCUGGUGAAGUCCCUGCUGCAUUCAUUGUACGGAUUGAAGGUUCUGAGAUCAACGAAAACGAGAUCAAGCAGUUCGUUGCAAAGGAGGUUGUGUUCUACAAGAGGAUCAACAGAGUUUUCUUCACGGAUUCCAUCCCGAAGAAUCCUUCCGGCAAGAUCCUCAGGAAGGACCUGAGAGCACGACUUGCCGCGGGCAUUCCUAGCGGUGACAGCGCAUAGACCAAGAGCUAAGUCUGAUAUUGAUACUAUUCUUUAUUCCAGUUUCCACACCCUUGUCAAAAAUCAUGUUAUAUUCUUCAUGAGAUGGCAAUAAUAUAUAUAGAAAGGCCACGAGAUCGAUUCUUUUAGAUGGGUAAGUCACACCUCGUUUGUUUCUCUGCCCGGCAUGUGUACUUUAUCAUGUAUAGAUACCGUUUUUGACAACAAGGCUAAUCAUAAUGUAUACCAUGUUUGAGUUAAA